CAUUAAAUCGGUAUUCAAACGUUGUUAUAAAUCUACUGUUAUAGUUCAAUUUCAGCUAUAGUCGACAUAACAAACACCAGUGACAAUUUUUCUUUUAAUCAAACAUGAAUAAACAGAAAAUCUUCGAUACCAAUUUUACGUUGUUCAAAUUAAUUGGUGUUUAUCAAAUGGUGGACCCACAUAGUCAAAAAAUAUUUGGUUUUAAUGUAUACCAUUUUGUAAAUAUUGUAUUCAUUAUAUUUACAACAAGUAUGACGAUUUUGGGUCUAUCCGGAUUUUUCUACCAAGUGCACAAUAUCAAUUAUAACAACAGUGAUGUUGAUUUAAUAUUUAUAAUAUUUUACACGGUCUGUAUAACGAUUGGAAACCUCAAAGUAAUAAUAAUAAUGUUUAAAGCUAAACAACUUCGGAAUGUGCUAGAAAUUACGGAUGAGUCAUUUUUAUCAAAUACAUUUUACAAAAGAAACUAUUAUAAGAUCGUAAAAUGUAGUGGUCUAUUAUCAAAAUUCUUCAAUUUGUACUUCUCCUUUCUUUUGAUCACUUUAACGUCGUAUGCAAUCGUGCCAAUAGUUUUGAAUGCUCACUCCAUUAACAGUACAACACAAAAUACAGAGAUUAUUCAAAAAAUUAACAUUAUCAACCUUCGGUACCCGUUUACUGUAGAAACGUACAAUGCCUUUUUUAAAAUAUUUUAUGCAUCAGAAUGUAUAAUAUUAUUUUACAUCGGAUUUGGAGUAUUUGCAUUAGACCUAUUGUCAAUGACCAUCUUAGUGGUAAUAUCAGCUCAAUACAAGUUAAUAGCAUCUGCAUUUGAAGUUUUGGAAUACAGAGUGGACGAUGAAGAUGAUAGCUUACUAAGUGAUGAGAAACUUUUAGAGACAUUUAUAUCAAUUGUUUCAGAUAGUCAAAUUAUUCACAAGAAAUUAAAAAUGCUUUAUGACAUUAUACGUCCAAUUGGUUUGAUUCAGUUGAUGGCAGAUGCUUUAGGGAUGAUAUGCAUGCCUUACUUAAUAGUAGUGUACUUCCUGGAAUACGGAUCGUUUUUUAAUCCAGAAACGUUGAAAUUUGUGUUUACCUUUGGUUAUGCAGGAGUUCAGUCAUACAUGUACUGUAGUUUAUUUCAGCGCGUAACCGAUAGAAGAGAAGAAGUCAAUUUUGGAUUAUACUGUUGUGACUGGACAAGAAUGGACAUACAUAUGAAAAAGCUGAUUCUAUUCACAAUGCAAAUGAACAGUUCAAAUAAAUUAAAAAUGAAUUUUACCACUAAAUCUAUUAAUCUCCCAUUGCUUUCAACAAUUAUACGAUUGUCUUAUCGAAUUUCGUCCGUAAUGAUUAAUUACAAUAUUAAUAAAUAAUAAGAUAGUGCUGAAUAUUUUUAAAAACUAGAAGG